UGCAAAUUUCUCUCACAGAAAAAAAAUAAACCUUCCCUAGACACCCUGCGUAAUCCGGGCAGGAUAAACUUUUCAAAAACACGAGGGCAGAAGACGGGGACAUCCAGUUUGAGUUUGAAUUUCGAGGCAAAUGAAUAGGAACGACUCUCUCCUUAAGGGGUCAACGCCUAGUGAAUGCUGGUUAUUGCAAGAAAUUUCAGGGAACACUGCUGGACCGUACACUGUCCUUACUGCAACGCCAUGGGAAAUAUGAGGCGAUAACACAGGUGUACAACAACCACCCAGAGGGUCGAGGGGCGGCUCUCUUCCGAGAGCCGUUUGACUUCAACGCCGAGCCGCCUUGGGAUCCUAGCUGAUAGUGGGGGAGCUCCAUCCCUGGACUCGUCCAUUUUGUUGCAAGUGAUCAGGACCCCAGCGGCUCGAGAAGCAGCAAGUGUGACCACCUCAGGCAAGCCGUAAUCUUUAUACCUGUCAGAUCAGCAGAGAACAGUUGAGAAAAUGAAGGGAAUCUCAGAUGAGCCACAGUAUUCCAUUGGGCUGCUGGAGGGAGGGACAGCCCUCGGCGAUGUGAUUGACAAUCACAUCUUUGAACAAACCCAGGCUGAAAAGAGUGCAUUCUUUGUAGCAGACCUGGGAGUCAUAAUGAGGCAGCAUGUUCGCUGGCGAACUCAUAUGGGCCACAUUCGGCCCUAUUAUGCUGUCAGAUGCAACAGCAGCCCAGCUGUUAUUGAGGUUCUCUCUGCCCUUGGCACUGGAUUCGUAUGUACCAACAAGUCUGAACUAGACAUGGUACAGGGCCAUGGUGUUCCCUCAGAAGACGUCAUCUACAGUGGAUUUUGCAAACAGCUCUCCCAUAUUAAGUAUGCUGCUAAGAAUGGUGUUGACCUUCUGGUGUGUGAUAACGAAGCUGAGCUACGCAAGAUUGCUCGUUGCCAUUCCAGUGCCAAGCUGCUGAUACAGGUGUCAACAGACAUGACAGGUCAGGGAGAGGCGAUGAGUAUGACAUUCGGCUGCUCCCUAAAGGAUUGCAGGCACCUUCUGGAAAGUGCUAAGGAGCUGGGUGUGCAGGUAGUAGGGGUCAGGUUCCGCAUACCCAGUUCCUGUAAGGAUGACCAGGUGUAUGUUCAUGCCAUCUCUGACGCCCGCUGUGUCUUUGAUAUGGCAGAGGAUAUUGGCUUUAGUAUGAAAAUCCUGGACCUUGGAGGUGGUUUCAGUGGCUCUGAGACCCAACUGAAACAGGUCAACAGUGUGGUCAUGUCCAUGGUGGACCUGUACUUCCCUCCCUCCUCUGGGAUCUCCAUUAUUGCUGAGCCUGGCAGCUACUUUGUUUCCUCUGCUUUUACUCUGGCUGUCAACAUCAUCUCCAAGGGAGUGGUGGCACGGGAUCACCAGGACCAGAUGCACAGAGAGCCAUCGCUCAACGAUGAGCCAGAGAUGCAGUACUACAUGAAUGAGGGUGUGUAUGGAUCUUUUGCCUGCAAGCUCACAGAAACUGUGGUUCCUGUGCCAUCUGUUCACAAGAACACAGGCCUGGAGGAUCCACUGUUCAGCAGCAGCCUGUGGGGUCCAUCCGGAGAUGACAUGGACAAGGUAGUGGAGCAGUGUCUACUGCCGGAGCUCAGUGUUGGAGACUGGCUCACCUUCGCAAAUGCCGGGGCUUAUAGUCUGGGUCAACCCAUCUCCACUUCCACAGACAUGGCUACUCCGCCCAUCCACUACAUCAUUUCUUCCGGUGACUGGCUUGAUAUGCAGGACACGGGUGUCACCCAAGAGAUCACCUUCAAGAACUUCUCACUGGUCCCUUAUUUUUUAAACUCCUGCCAAUCAGAAGCAGCCAUCUCUGUUCCAGCUUAGUGAUAGGAAGACCAGGAAGGCUUUCAUUUUUACAUUCUGGUUUCUGCAGCCAGCAUCCUCUGGUCUACAUUCCACUAGGAUGAACUGAACAGACAGUGCACAGUGAGCUUCUAUUACUGGGACCAGAAUGAGUUAAUGUUAGCAAACCCAAUGUACAGUACAGAAAGACACUAGCCCUUAGUAGACCGAGUUAAAUGAACAAUUGAUUAAUAUGCAACAAAAUGGACGACUCAAGAAAAAAAGAUCCUACCUUUGUCUUGGGUAUUCAGUGGCAUUAUAGUUUACACCUACAUACAGCAAACAUGAUUAAUUUUAUUGCUAUUGAAACAUGUUGCAUAUACCUCCGUUACUGUUGCCAGUUUUGUAAAUGUCUAUCCCAGAGUCAAGUGAAGUAUUGAAAUGAAAAUUUUGUUUUGAAACUAUAUUUUUUCGAUGCUUCGUCGGAUGAAAAGAAUAUUUAUGUAUAUUUAUGAUUGUAUCAGCUGUAUAGAUGUUUGACAAAGGCUUGUAUCAUCUGUGUGUCUAGCCUACUCAAUUUAAAAAAAAAAAUUUUUUUUUACAUGAAGCCUUGCAGCACUGUACUGCUGUAGAAAUGAAGGUGCAUUUACUCAUCCACCUGAUGCAGUAAAUAAAGCCAUGUUUCUUAAGGGCAGCAUAACAGUGAAACCUCCUGAAGGAGUUCACUGCUAUACUGCACUCUGGUCCAGUUUCAUCUGGUUUAGAGGCAAUAGAAAGCUCACGUUUCUGCGUCCACCAGUUGACUGGUGUUUCAGUGCGUUUUUCCUCCAAAGUGCUGAGUGCUGCCUUAGCUAGCUCGGAUACUAGCAAAAGACCGGCAGGAAUUUGCUAUGCCUUUUGAUGGCAAAACAAGCUUUUAGACUGAAUGUGCUCACGAUGGCAGAGAGAAAGUGUUAAAGGGGUAAGAAGGCAACUUAUUGAAAGAGGGGCUGCUUUUUGAAAUGGCAAUUGUUUUUGUUGCUUGAACACUUAAUUGCUUGUUGCCAUGAUGACUGAUAUUUAUAUUGUACUUUUGACAAUUUCCCCCUCCCCCAAUGUUUAUGAUAAUGUUGAAACAUAUUUCUGCUUUUAACUAGUAUACUUGGAAAGUGUACACUAUAUCUGUAAAUUUGUUCUCCAAUCUUUGUCCAAGGCAUGACGGAUAACAGGAUUUUACCUGUUAUUAACUUUUAAAUGUGCUUGUCAAGGUUAUGAAAUGUAAUAAACACC